GGCCUGUUCGGGUGGCUGCGCGGGCGCUGCCUGGGCCGCAGCGCCGCCGUGGACCCGGCGCGGGACACCUUCCGCGCCAUGACCGGGCUGUACGGCUCCAUCCAGCCCGCCGACUCCGUGUACCUCAGCACCCGCACGCACGGCGCCGUCUUCAAUCUCGAGUACUCGCCCGACGGGUUCCGUGAAUUUUAUGCGUCCGCGGUGAGGAGGGAGCUGACGGGUGUCCUGCUGCAGACACGUGUAGACAAAAGCGAGCGGCAGUUGGGCUCACUGGGGAGGAGGUCAGUAUUGACUGUUGCUUGUGAACAGACUGAAGUACUGCUUUUUGACCCGAUAUCUUCAAAGCACAUCAAAACUCUCUCUGAAGCUCAUGAAGACUGUGUAAAUAAUAUCAGGUUUCUAGAUAAUCGACUGUUUGCGACUUGUUCUGAUGACACUACAAUAGCACUUUGGGAUUUGAGAAAGCUGAACACAAAAGUGUGCACUUUGCAUGGUCACACUAGCUGGGUUAAGAACAUUGAGUAUGAUACCAAUACAAGAUUACUAGUAACGUCGGGGUUUGAUGGAAACGUGAUCAUCUGGGACACGAACAGGUGCACAGAAGAUGGAUGUCCCCACAAGAAGUUUUUUCACACCCGUUUUCUUAUGCGAAUGAGGCUGACGCCAGACUGUUCCAAAAUGUUGAUCUCAACCUCCUCUGGAUAUCUUCUGAUUUUGCAUGACCUUGACCUGAACAAAUCUUUAGAGGUUGGCAGCUACCCAAUUUUAAGGGCGAGGAGGACUACAACAAGUUCAGACAUAACUUCAUCGGGUUCCUCCGGUCCCCGGGCUGUUGGUUCACCGUGUCACCAGAAUGAUUCAGGCUUGCUGACUGAAAAACACAUGUCUCGGUCCUCCCAGCGAGAAGGUGGAUCACCUAGAAAUAGUUUGGAGGUCUUAACACCCGAGGUUCCUGGAGAAAGAGAUCGAGGUAAUUGCAUUACAUCACUACAGCUACAUCCAAAAGGAUGGGCUACACUUCUUCGGUGCUCAAGUAACACAGACGACCAAGAGUGGACUUGUGUCUAUGAAUUCCAGGAAGGAGCCCCUGUGCGCCCUGUCUCACCUCGCUGCUCCCUGCGGCUGACUCACUGCAUCGAAGAAGCCAAUGUGGGCAGGGGUUACAUCAAAGAACUUUGUUUCAGUCCCGAUGGCAGGAUGAUUUCAUCCCCGCAUGGCUUUGGGAUACGCUUGUUGGGGUUUGAUGCACACUGCAGCGAACUUGUUGACUGUUUGCCCAAAGAAGCCAGUCCCCUGAAAGAAAUCCGUUCCCUCUACUCCCACAAUGACGUGGUACUGACAACCAAGUUUUCUCCAACGCACUGUCAGAUCGCCUCGGGGUGCCUUAGCGGACGUGUUUCUCUGUAUCAGCCAAAGUUCUAGGCACAUCUUGCAUCAACAGGACCUUCAGAUGUUUGUGGUUGUUACUUCAGUUUAGUUGAAGUGUGUUCUUUCUGAAAUCCCUGAAUCCAGAUAAGAUCAUAGUUACUCUGAUCUCUGAACACAGCAGUGGAACCAGUUUCCAGCCCAGCACUCUGCGUUCUCAUAUGGCAUCCACAAGUCUGCUUCCGCGUGCUGUUUUCAGCCUUCCAAGCAGACCUCUGCUCCUGCUGAUCCUGUGCCAUCCAGUCAUUGUUCUGGUUUGUUUGUACCAUAAUACUUGUUGAUAAUUUCCUCCAAUGCAACUUGAAGUGGGCUAUUUGAAACAAAUGUAGAGGAGACAGGGGCUGCAGUUCAGCCCGGAUGCACCCAGGUACGACACCUCCUUGUUCCAAAGGAGCCAGACUUCCUCACCUACUCUUCCUUGGCCUUUGCUGUGGCUGAAAGUACUAUAUGGUGAUUAUUAGAUAAUGAGCUGCUUUUCUACGUAACUAACACAAUUAGUUACUGUCAUACAGAGAAAAGAAAAUUUUGUUUUAAUUUAUAUAUUAAUUUGGUGGUUUGUGAUUGGCUAGAAAAAUGAGCCAACUUUCUGCAGGAACAUUGGCUAGAAAAAUGAGCCAACAAAUGCUGCAGUUAGCAUUUUGGUUUCUGUGAUUGCAUAUACUGUGUUUAUUGCCAGAAGGAAGCAAUUCUGGAUGGAGAUGUAGCUACAUUUUUUUCCUCAGAGAAUUUAGUAGGAAGAGACUGGGGCAGGGCAGCAGAAGCUGAGUGGGUGAGGACCCAUUGACCCACCUGCCACGUAACAGCUGCUGACAAACUGUUGAGAUGUUUGGUAUGAGGAGGGUGUCCUCCGUCGGCCUCUCUUGGGCAGCUUUGACUCCUCAGCCACCAGAGUUGAGCUUUCAAUGUCAGUAACAUAAACCUUAAUCCCACAUUUGAAACUUAACACUGCAGACUUUUUUGCUGAUGUUAAGGUUGUGUCCCGCCUGACUCUUCUUCCACACCUCACCUGCACCAUUUCUGUGACAGGAGCUUGUCUGGGAUGGGUCCGUUGGGAAUGGAUUAAAAGCAUGCCUGUCUACAGUAAGAUCUAUUCGGAUUUAACCAGUUUUAUCGUAAGAUGUGAAAAAUGUUAAUAUUCACCAUUAAAUCACAUAUUAAGUACGAAUGCCAAGUUUUAGCCCUCAAGUUAAUGUAGCUAACCUUGUAAAUGCAGUUAUUUCAGUCUUGUACAUCCAUAUCAGUUUAUAAUAUUCUUAUCACUUAUGUGUUCCAAGAUCUGUUUUUUUUUAGUAUUUCAUUAAGGUUUUGCUGACCAAUCACACACUCAGUUCAGCAGGAAAACUACCUAAAAAGUACUGUCAUAUUUUGGUAUUCAGAUUCACUAUCUCUGGCUCAACAGAGUGUGCUUUUUAAAAGUUGACUCUUAAAAAGCCUUUUGCAAAAUACAUGUUUGGGGAAAAAGAAGACAUCUAUGCAGAUGAGAGCUGAAAAUACACAAAUCUGAGGAUCCUCUUGUAGUUUUGAAUUUGUGUAGGUAGCAUACUCUGGGUGUUGUUGGAGAAGUCUUUGAAACUUAAGGUUCCUUUGCAUUAUGAGAAAAAAAAAUCUUAAAUUUCCUCUUUUGGAGAAUUUCUUUAGUAAUACAAAGCUUUCAGUGUUGGGUAUUUGGUAAUCUGAGGACAAGUUAAUUAAUCCUCCAUUGGGUUUUCAUCACCUCUAGUAGCUGACUGCAAAACGACUACGUUCAAGUAGUCAAGUAUGUGCAGCUAGCAGACUUCCUAUUUUUGGGUAAAAGUCCUAAGCGUGCUUUCUCAUGGGUUUUUAACAGAAUUACUUGGUGAUGAUGUCUCGGUGGAAUACCAUCUCAGCUGGAGGAGAAAGAAUAAUUUUUUAAGUAAAUAUACUCAGUUAACUUAAAACACAAAUAAAUGCACAUAGUCUUCUCAGACAGGAACUCACAGGUUGAAAUGUCCCAUGUCAUAUCUUCUGAGCAAUUCUCUAGUUGCUCAAACUAUUGUCUUGAACUCAAAAAUAGGUUGACAAAAUCAUAAAUGAAGAGAGAUGCCCUGUUUUCUAAACCAGUGGCUCUUCAGUUCAGACACUUGUACCUUUUUGCGUCUUCUGGAACUGUGUGCAAGGAACACAAUUCAUUAAAAGGUAUUUUUUCACUUUAAGUUAAUUGGCCAAGUCAUGAAAAAUAGGGCCUAGUGACUAUCAAUAGAACAUACAAGUGUGUCUGAGGCUGGUUAGAAAUACGUGGUUUCUGUCUGCUCCAGCUCUUCCUGCAACGAAUAACAGCCUGAAAACCUGAAUCACCCCUGGGGUGGCCAAGAUUUGAGGCUUUGUUAGAAGCAUUUCAGGGGUGCUCCCUCCUCUAUGACUUAAAGCAGUGGAAGUGAAUUGUACAGAAACUUUGAGGACAGUUGUGGAAUACAAGAUUUGUAUGCAAAGGCGGAGCUAAGCUACAAGGAGUUUUUAAUUGGCUGAACUAUUUUGGGUAAAAAACCAAACACGAAAGCCAAAAAAAAUAAAUCCAGUAGCAGCAUGUUCUCCCGCCAUCCCUGCUCUGGACCAUGAUGGCUUUUUCCCUAAGCACUCGCUCUCUGUGCUUCUAGGGUGCUGUUUUCUCAUCUUAUUUAAUGCUUUGCUAAACAUCAUUAAAGGAACUACAGGUGACAUUUUGAAGAAAUCUUAAGUAAAAUUGUCACAGGCUUGAGCCGUGUUUGUUCUGGAGGCAAAGAGGCACCCAUAAACUCACAGCAGUUCCUGGGCUGGUUGGUUGGUUUGUUUUCAUAGCUGGUUUUGUUUUUUCCUAUCAGAAAUUCCUUGAACUGGUGGAUUGCUUGUGACUUUAAUUCUAUGCCUGUUAAUAUGCACUGAGUGUUACUUUUUAAAUUCUACCUCAUGAUAGGCUGUUUUUCACGAGCGUUGUGCUGAAGCAGUGGACACUGGCUUUUCUGUGUAAAGACCCGUUACCCCAAAGUGAGAGGUGUCAUUGCACCUGGGUCCCCCUGCGAUGCCUGGCCCCUGGGGUGGGGGUGACCGGCCCCGCAGCGUGGGACCAAUCUCAACGCUGACCUGGUUACGGGGUUUGGUGACGCCUUGGUGCUUUUGUAGCAUGUACAGCAGAUGCAUAUUAAGAUGGAUUCUGUCCGUGUGUGCUGUAGAAAUGUUACCUAGCUCUUCUGAUUACAUUUGUAAAGGUUUGAAUUAGAGUAAGUAGGUAAUCUUAGAUUUUGAUCAUUUGGUUACUCCUUUUCAACAAUACUUGGCAAUUUUCAAUGAAAUUUAAUCUAUUUUACCUAUGAAGUUGGCGUAACACUUAAUGAAACACUAUUCUGUAGUUUAUAGCUGAUGCACCUUGCAGUUAUAUCUUGGCGGAAGGACUGGUUUUCAGUUGUCUUUCUGACUAGUACUAUCUUGCCUUAUUGUAUUAAUGAAGUAAUUUGUUGGUGAGCUUUGGAGUAUUUCUAGAUAGUAAAAAAACCAGUUUAUCUUACUGUUAUGUUUCAAAAGAUGAAUUCUUAACCUUCCAGAACUAUAUAAGACUACCUGAAAUAAACAUAAGAAGAUGUUUCAAACGGUAUAUGAAAGACUGCAGCACCAGCAGAGUAUGGCAGUGACUUACACCAGUUUCUUUCUGCCAGUUUAUGUUUAACCACUCUAGUGUUAGAACACUUGACAAAUUUUACAGUGUUUCUACUGAAGACGGAGUUCUCCGUGUGAUUGUAAAGCAUGCAGUAUGUUUUUUAAAUGCAUGGUUUCAUAUUCAUUAACUUCUGUAGUAAAAGAAUUCCUCCAUUCACAGCUUGGCUGAUCAGCAGAAGCAGAUAAACUACAUAACUAUCUCUAUAGGAAUGUAAACGUAUAGCAGCGUCUACAGGAACCAAACUAGUGUUUGAAGCUAGUUCUCCUUUUGUGGUAGUCCAGUGACUGUAUGUUGUGGGAGUAAAUGCAUUUUCUGAGUAUUCCAUUAGAGGUCAGUCUUUAAAUCACCGCAGCACUGUUAGACAUUCGUGGGGAUGGGGAGAGAAACUAUUACUGGGACUGUACAGUGACAUUCAUGUAUAUGUACUUUCUCUGUACGAGGUGUGUGUGUAUUUCAGUGUAUAUACCGCCACGGGGCAUCAGCCCACUUGUCAAACAUGGGUAGUUCAGGGAAUAAUGCAACCUCCAAACAGAACUAUUGGGGAUAGGAGGAAAAGCACAGUGAUACAGACAGACACACACACACGCUUGUUUGCACUCUUGGAGUCUUGGUGAGGACAGUUUGAUUGCCUACUACCAGAAUGAGAAUGUAAACAUCAGGUUUUUCUGGGGUUUUGGGGGGGUGGGGGGAUUGCUUGAUUUUGGUCGGGUUUUUUUUUAGUUUGUUUGUUGGUGUUGGGUUUGGUUGUUUUUUUUUAAUUUGGGUAAUACUGAUGUGGAGACGGUCCUGAUACUGUAAAACAUGGGUCUGUUGCUCUGUGACAUGUGAACUUCUAGAAAAAAGAAAUACACUUGCCAAAUGAAAGCUUUUAAAAAAUCUAGUUUACAAAAUUCUAAAAAGAUGGAGUAAAAGGAGAAAGUCAACAGCCCAUAAUAUUUUUGUCCUGCAGGAAAAAGAAACUUCUCAUUUCCUGAUCUUGGUCAAAGGUGCAUUUUCUUAAGCACUAAGUAUCUUCAGUUAAGUGUAAGGUUUUUAAUACAAAAACAAAUUGUGCAUGUAAGAAUAUUUUGAAAUACCUGAGAUUUCAUAGUAAAAAUUGUAGCCUUUUAAUACAGUAUAGGAAGUAUCAGAACUGCUCUGAAAAUAUUGUACUUGCAGCCGUACAGUAACUUACUAUUUGUGGACAGUUUCUUUUGCUUGCAUAAUAAAUUAAACAAUAAUUCAAUGAAUUAAAAUCUAUUUUAAUGUA